GAGUAAUGAGUGGUGUAGGCCAGGGCAGGCAGGAGGCUGGAGCUGUUGGCGCAGGAGCGUGGAUUGGUGACCAGGCAUGGCUAUGGCAUUCUGCCCCAAAGAUCAGUACUGGGACUCCUCAAGGAAAUCCUGUGUCUCCUGUGCACUGACCUGCAGCCAGAGGAGCCAGCGCACCUGUACAGACUUCUGCAAAUUCAUCAAUUGCCGAAAAGAGCAAGGCAGGUACUACGACCAUCUCCUGGGGGCCUGCGUCAGCUGUGACUCCACCUGCACACAGCACCCUCAGCAGUGUGCCCACUUCUGUGAGAAAAGGCCCAGAAGCCAGGCGAACCUCCAGCCCGAGCUCGGGAGACCACAGGCCGGGGAGGUGGAAGUCAGGUCAGACAACUCAGGAAGGCACCAGGGAUCUGAGCAUGGUCCAGGAUUGAGGCUAAGUAGCGACCAGCUGACUCUCUACUGCACACUGGGGGUCUGCCUCUGCGCCAUCUUCUGCUGUUUCUUGGUGGCCUUGGCCUCCUUCCUCAGGCGUAGAGGAGAGCCACUACCCAGCCAGCCUGCCGGGCCACGUGGGUCACAAGCAAACUCUCCCCACGCCCACCGCCCCGUGACAGAGGCUUGCGACGAGGUGACCGCGUCACCCCAGCCUGUGGAAACGUGUAGCUUCUGCUUCCCGGAGCGCAGUUCUCCCACUCAGGAGAGCGCGCCGCGUUCGCUCGGGAUACACGGCUUCGCGGGCACUGCCGCCCCGCAGCCCUGUAUGCGUGCAACAGUAGGCGGCCUGGGUGUCCUGCGCGCAUCCACUGGGGACGCUCGUCCGGCAACUUGACAGCCCGAAAAAUAAAAAAGACAAUUUAGAGGAUGGAGUGACAGAGGGGGAAAGGGAUGGAGAAGAGACAGAUGAAGACACGAUAAAGGAAGCCCGGCUGCACCCACGCAGAGCAACAAAGCAACCACCUGCAGCGCCCACGUUCCCAGCACCGCCUGUGCCUGCCGCUGUGUCCUAUACUUUCCAGAGCAGUCAACCUGUGCCUUUUUUCUUUAGUCGAGAAAGAUGGAGAAUGACCGGCACCUAGCAUUACCCUUACAAUUCUUACAAACAAGUGGUCUUUCCUAUGGCCUUAGGCAGAUAGCUGAGUGCAGUGUGGAUGUAUUUGUGAUUUAAGUAACUUGUAUGUGUAUGUGCAGAUUCGGGGUUAUGUCAUAUGUGCAUGUAUACGUGAGUUGUGUGUCUGUAUGAGUUGUGUGUAUAUGUGCGCCUAUAAAUAUGUGUGUGAAUUCUGUGCAUGCAGAUGUGUGUGUACAUAUGUGUCUGGCUGAUGUGGUAUAGCCAGAAAGAUGAGGGCCCUUCUAGGUGAAGGCCAAACAUCUAAAAACCAUCUAGGUGAUGGGUGUUACCUUGACCUCAGCAAGAGUCUGUUCAAUUGCAUCACUUUUUAUGGGCACCUGUGCUUAUCUCUUAAAACUUCCAGGUGCAUGAAAAUACUCUCAGAAGCAUUUCCCAGCAAGCUGAAGGGUGAGACGGUACACUUCACCCUUGUUACCCAGGCAGGCUUCUGAACCCCAAAGGCCACACAACAGGUGCCCCUGUUCUCACCAUUCAUCGCUAUCAGGCUGCAUAGGGAGGAGACUGUCUGCACAGAAUAACUCUGACAACAGAUCUAAUAACACAAAGUGGCUGUCCACAGAGUUUGGAAGUCUGCAGUCAAGGUGUCUGCAGAAUUGGCUCUUCCUGAGGCCACACAUGCAAGAUCUGUCCUUGGCUUCUCCUUAACCCACUGGUAGUCCCUCUCCAUUUUUCUGUCUCGGGAUCAUUCUUAUAUUUCAUGUUAUGAUCUGCCUAAUAGCUUCAUUUUGAUUUUCCUGUAAAGAGUCCAUCUCCAAAGAAGGCCACAUUUGAAGCAGUAAGGCUUAGGGAUUUUACUAUAAGUUUUGGAGGACAAGUUCAACCCACAAUGGAGGCCUUGUGAGACCAUCACUGUUUUUAUCCUUGUUGAAAAGUUGCCACCUAGCAAGUUCUUGUCCAAGAUGUGUUGAGCUAGCCUAUGUUGUUCCCACGAUCUACUUCCUACAACAGGACUGAUAGAAAGGCCCUAGCUCCUGCUACAGACAUGCGCUGGUUGUGGGCUGAGGAAUAACACCAGUGCAUGCGCAGACAGGCUCCUGUGCUCAGCCUGUCUGGGAGACGAACCUAUUUCUAGUCUUUAAGAUCUGUGGCUUUAAAAGUCUGCUCACUAGAACCCAAGGGGCUGAAAAUGCAAGACGAUUCUGGAACCAGGGUAGAAGAGAACAGAGGCAUCAAGAACAUAGGGUGCAGAGACCAGCCUCGGCUUCAAAGAAUCGUGAGAAUUUUUGGUCAGCUUUUCAGCAGGUCAUUUGUGUAAAUUUUGUCCUUUACUUUCUGUUUGUAAAGAAUGAGCUCUUUUGCCAAUUUCAUCUGUUGUGUUGGGUCAGCCUGGAGAAUAUAGCCUGGCUCCAUUUGCAAUGUUCCCUUAAAUUGUUUUUAUUAGUAUAUAUUAGUUGAAUAAAACUGUUUUGCUGCAGCUUUUACAAACUUGCAUACAGUAUGCUUUGGUGGUCCUUCCUCCCUGACUCCAUAACUCUCUUCCACAUUCUUCCACUGGUCUCCCCUACACAAUUCCUUACCCUUAUAAGUUCAUGUCUUUAAAAAAAAAAAACCAAAAUCUAGAUUUUGUAAAUGUGAGAAAAGCCGGUAUUCGUCUUUCUUAAUUUUAUUUUCCUAAACGCCCUUACGUAUUGCAACUAUUUCCCCAACGAUAAAGAUCUAUUCAUGUA